CUUUUUAAGAUACUGGACUUUAAAAAAUAAACAAUUGAUAAUUCAAUUGCUGCCACUGGAUGAGUAUAAAAACUAAGAACAUCUAAAGCAAUGCAUCAUUAAACAUUAUAACUGUUUAAAGAUGAAGAUUAUAUUGAUUUUAUCCUUAAUGGCCACUCUAGCAUACUCUGCUAAACUGCAGAGCAAUCGCCCAGUCUAUAUUCUCGAAUUGCUUCGUUCACGAACCUUAGCUGAUGACUUCAAAGAUAUCAAAGCUCUAAUUCCUCAACGUGAACUAACUGAUCUUAUUCGUAGAUAUUUGACUAAAGAUUCUGAAUUUCAAAAAAUCAUACUUUAUUUUGGAUCUCCUGAUGUUUACAAAGCUGGUGAAUUAAUUGGAAGUCAACCAGAAAUUCGCGAACUUUAUUUAUGGCUUAAAGAACAACUUAUUUCUGGAUCGUUGAGCGAUCUUUCUGAAGAAAGUUAUUCCCAAGAAUUUGGAAAUCUUCUCAAUUAUAAUCCAAAUAAACAAAAAAAACUUCGUGGUUGGAAAGGAUUUAUGGACGAACUUCUAGCAAUUUAUCCUAGAAAAGAAAUUCGCAAUUUAAUUCGUGACAAAGUUGCUGCUAAUGGUGUUUUUGCUGAAUUUUGGAGUAAAGUUAUUGCAUUGAAACCGGUUUAUGAGAGAAUUUUAAAGACUGAAGAAUUAAUCAAGGUUAUUGGAAGAUUGAAUGAGCUUGGAGUUGAUACUAAACAAUUGGAUCAAUUGAUUCGUGAGGACUUUGAAUGGGGUGGAGGAAUUCAGGGUAAGAAAUUGUGGGGAAAUCUAUGGGAAAAUAUUAAACUUUAAUCUUAACAAAGCUUGAAGAUCAUACAAGCAAUCUAUUACUUUUUUUCUUACAUUUUUAAUCACCAUAAAUAAUAAAAGUUGUAUUUUAGUUUUGUUAAGAAU